UGACGUUUUUCGCGGUGCAAGAUCUCGUCUUUAAGACGUCAAUAUGACAACGUGAAUUUGACGUCAUUUUUAGGGUAUAUGGAAGACGCCAGCCAGAGAAGAAUCUGUUAGGAGAUAUGCACUUGCAUCACAAGAAAUUGGGGGACGGAUUAGAACAAUUAAAAAAGACUAUGUAAAAGCCAUGAGUGACUUACUCAGCAGCUACUUUGUUGAAGGUCUACGGCAAGGCCAAGUGAAGGUUGGAGUGUCACGUUAAUGGCGUCAACAUAGAGGUGGAAGUUUUGGAGAGCUGAAAGAUGAAGCCACAAAGAUCGCAGAAGGGAAAGAGAAGGGAAACCAGGAUGAGUUUUCCAUGAUGGAGAGCGAGAAGCCAGCAACCAAGCAGGGGGAGAAGGAAACCAAGAGCUCCUUCGCUCUUCACUUCACUCUAGCCAAGGAGGUUGAAGGUAGCUUAUGAAAGUGACUGGCUGGAAGUUCAUGAAUAUACAUGAGAUAUGACGUCAAAUAAGUCUGCUUGGUUCUCGCGCGAACGCCAAUUGCAAAAUUGCUUGGCUCAGCUCACUUGCAGCUCCCAUGCGUGCAGCUAACAGAGGUUAGCAGAAUAGCAACCCUGUACCAUGGGAAUCAUCUUGCAAGCCUUCAUCGAUUUGAAAAUGCUAAGACCCAGGGUGAGGGAGCUUCAUCCAAUUGCACCAACGUUUGCUCCCUUCCGGACCAAGAUGGCCAAGGGCAUUGAAUGAUCGUUCCAGUGUGGGUGAGACACAAGGAUGAGCCAUCUAGAGAGUUCUUGCACUACGCAAUCCUAGAUGAUCAAAGCAAUGUAGGUUUUGUGUCAGAUGGACUGUGUGAGCAGUUAGGAGCGCAAGGAGCCGAAACCACUCUCAAACUCACAACGAUGCACGCCACAACGAGCAUCCAGAGCAGGAAGGUAUGUGGACUGCAGGUGCUGGACUUCAAGAAGGAGAAUGAGAUCGAUCUUCCACCAAGCUUCUCCAGAGAGUCUGUUCCAGCUCAAAGGUCCCAGAUUCCCAAAGGUUAAGUCAUGAAGGAGUGGCCUCAUCUGGAGCAAGUGGCUCAUGAGCUCAUGCCCUACAACCCAAGUAUUAAGGUAUCGCUCCUUAUUGGAAACAACUGCCCCCGAGCCAUACGCCCUCGUGAAGUCAUUGCCGGUGAAGACGACCCAUAUGCAGUAAGAACAGCACUUGGAUGGAGAGUAGUCGGCAAGGUAUGCCAAACAUCUUCAGGGAAGGCGCAGAUCUGUAAUAGGAUUUCUGCAGUGGUGAGGUACCCAAGGUUUCCCUUCACAAGUAAGGCCAAGGAGAUCCAGGACACAGCGAAGAUGAUCCAAAUCCUCGAACAGGACUUUAGGGACUCGAGUUCGAAUGGUGAGCCGUACUCUGUCGAAGAGGAAAAAUUUGUAGAAAUCCCGGAAGGUGGUAUCCGUAGACGUGAUGAUGGCCAUUAUGAGAUGGCGCUACCUCUGAAGUCUCCAAAGUUUAGUCUUCCCUUCAACGGGCCUCUAGCACUGAAGAGGUGGAACCAGCUGCCUGGAAGGUUGCAGAGGAACCCAAAGUUCGGCAGAGACUACAGGGAAUUCAUAAAUCGCCGAGGAACCAUUCGACAACUAUGUUCAGAUCAAGGGACAGCCUUCAUAGGUGCCAGGAGUGAGUUGAAGCUAGCUCUUCAGGAGAUGGACCAGCAGCAGGUGCAGGAGUAUCUGCUAGAAAACGGGGUAGAGUGGAUACCAUUCAAGUUGAAUGUUCCACAUUCUUCACACAUGGGAGGCGUCUGGGAAAGACAGAUACACACGGUGAGAAGAGCCUUGGACACUGUACUUGCUAAGGCCGGCAGCCAGCUUGACGAUGAAGCCUUUCGCACUUUCAUGACUGAGGCAGAGUGCAUCGUCAAUUCUCGACCUCUCACCAUCAAUGAUCUAAGUGACUCAAAAGUGCCUGAGCCAUUGUGUCCUCUCCAUCUUCUGAUGAUGAAGCCGAAGGUCAUACUACCGCCAACAGGGAAGUUCCAGGGAGCAGACAAGUACUCCAGGAAGUGGUGGAGAAGGGUUCAGUACCUCGCCAACAAAGUCUGGUUGUGCUGGCGUUGAGAGUAUCUCCAGCAGCUGCAGCCUCGUCAGAAGUGGACGAAAUCUCAUCGGAACCUCGAAAUCGGCUACGUGGUAAUUAUAAAGGAAGGCGAAGAUGCUAGACUUCGGUGGAAGGGUUGAACAAGCUACUUCCUAGUGAAGAUGGACGUGUUAAGAAAGGUAAAGCUCCUCAUGGCCGAUGGAGCUCUGGACAGUAAUGGUAAACGUUUAAAAAAGCAUAUCCGGUAAACUGCCCAUGUGCGCUGCAUCCAUUCCACCGUUUGUUUUGGGUCGUUUAUACUUUUAGUUUCCACCAUUAAAUGUCUAACUUAGAUAUGUUGUGCUAAUUUUUUUGUAAGUCAAAAUGUUCAUCGUUGGAGAGCGAGUUCAGGCGAUUGAUGAGUUGGGAAGAUGGAGUGUUGGAAAGAUCGUUUCAGUAAUCGAAGACGAAGUUCAACUUCAAGAGUUUCUUCAGAGUCAGACUGGAGAGGCAGGUCUCCGAGCCGGCCCCAGCAGAGCAUGUGUACGAAGGAUAGGGAGAAGGGAAAAUUCAAAGAGAAAUACGGAAAUAUUGAAAGGAAAGAAAACAGAAC